AUGUGGAUUCUUGAGCAACUCACGCGUCUUCUGGACCGUCCGCUCUUCCCAUGGAAGAACGUGCUCGUGGGGUUCUCCCUGGGCCAGUUCAUCCUUGAGGGCCUCCUAUCUCUCCGGCAGUAUAAGGUCUUGCAACAGACAAAGACACCUAAGGUCCUCGAGGGUGAGGUUACCCAGAAGGUUUACGAUCAAAGCCAGGCGUAUGGUCGCGCAAAGGCUAAGUUCAGCUUUGUUUCCGGUCUCUAUGGUCAACUUCAAAAUCUCGUUUUCGUCUACGGCGAUAUCCUCCCCAAGCUCUGGGGCGUUGCGGGCCUCGUGUUGGCACGCUACUUCCCCGGUCGAUUCCAGGGCGAAAUUUCCCAGACACUCUUGUUCAUCUUCGGUUUCAACAUGCUCAGCACUAUCCUCUCGCUCCCGAUCUCGUACUAUAACACGUUCGUGCUCGAGGAGAAGUUUGGUUUCAACAAGCAGACGUUCAAGCUCUGGGUGACGGAUAUGCUCAAGGGUCAGAUGCUGGGUAUUGUGCUGGGAACUCCGAUUAUCAGCGCCGUGCUCAAGAUUGUCCAAAAGACGGGCAACUCCUUCUUCUACUACCUGUGGCUCUUCGGUGUCUUCAUCCAGGUGUUCGCCAUUACGAUCUACCCCGUCGUGAUUCUGCCCCUGUUCAACAAGCUGUCCCCUCUGGAGCCCGGUGAGAUCAAGACCGGCGUCGAGAACCUUGCCAAGAAGCUCAAGUUCCCGCUUUCGGAGCUACAUGUCAUCGAUGGCAGUAAGCGCAGUGCGCACAGCAAUGCUUACUUCUAUGGUCUGCCCUGGAAGAAGCACAUUGUCAUCUACGAUACCCUGCUUGAGAAGAGCGAGCCGCAGGAGGUUGUCGCUGUGCUGAGUCACGAACUCGGCCAUUGGAGUCUUAGUCACACUACUAAGCUCUUUGGCAUUGCUCAGUUCCAUAUGUUCUAUAUCUUCGCCCUAUUCUCCGUCUUCGUCAACAACAAGUCUCUGUACCAAUCCUUCGGCUUCGUCAAGGAGCAGCCCAUCAUGAUCGGUUUCCUUCUUUUCUCCGAUGCCCUGGCACCCAUGGACGCUGUUGUGAAGCUCCUGAUGAACAUUCUCAGCCGCAAGUUUGAGUUUGAGGCCGAUGCCUUCGCUCAGGGCCUCGGCUUCUCCAAAGAGCUCGCUUCUUCGCUGCUUAAGCUGCAGAUCCAGAAUCUGAGCACCAUGGAUGCUGACUGGAUCUACGCCAGCUACCACUACUCGCACCCCAUCCUAACCGAGCGCCUUGCUGCUCUCGGCUGGAAGGGUGGUAAGGUCACCGAUCUCAAGGAGGAGGACAGCGAGAAGCCGGUCAAGGCUGGGGACCGCGAGCUGUAA